AUGGCCGCCCAUGCGCGGAGCCUCGAGGCAAGUAAAAUGACUUGGGCCGCAAGGAUCUCUCUACCAUCGACGUUUGCGCUUCGUAGACCUCGGCUAUCGCCCUUGUUCCUCUCCAGUCUUGAGGUUCGCUCAAAGUACGAACGAUUGCCUUCCAUCUCAUCAUCAUCCUCUUCAACAUCGUUCUCUUCGUUUUCCGCAUACCAGAAACGAUGGUCUUCCGAUUCGACGACUUCCCAGCAGAACCGACCGGCAGGUGCCCAAAGCCCUGAUCAACCAGCUUCAACGCCAUCGACUCCAAAAUCUACAGCGGCGACGUCUUCAUCAUCGUCAUCGACAUCUACUUCCACAUCGUCAACAUCAAGCAGUCGUAAAAAAGAGUCUGCUGGAGGCAAAUUCAACUUAUACGGCGACGAGUGGGAGGACACUGUUGACUUUGCCAUUCAAGGAUUCGAUGAGCUUCCGCAUCGCCUGUUUGGCGUCAACCAGCAUAUGAUUAUCAACUAUGAGCUCAAAGAGGCCCUGCGUAUGAUGUUGCGCCAGUUCAAUGCGCCCAUUGUCUACUGCUUCGCCUACGGCUCGGGCGUUUUCCCCCAGGAAAAGCCCGGCCGCAGCAUCAGCGAGGCUGACUUUCGAGCUGUCCAUCCUAGGCCACCCGAAGCUUUAGUCAAGGCCCAAGGAGGCUCACCCAAGAUGAUUGAUUUCAUCUUCGGAGUCACGCACACAGAACACUGGCACUCUAUCAACAUGAAGCAGCACCGGGACCAUUACUCUGGCGUCGCAUCGCUGGGCUCGGGCUUUGUCUCGCGAGUCCAGAACUGGGGUGCUGGCGUGUACUUUAACCCCUACGUUGAAGUUAGCGGCAUGUUGGUCAAAUACGGCGUCACAAGCAUCGACAACUUGGUUAGGGACUUGUCCACUUGGGAUAACCUCUAUUUGGCAGGGCGCCUGCAGAAGCCUGUCAAGAUUCUCCGUGACCAUCCCCAGGUCCGACUGGCGAAUCAGAUAAACCUCAUCGCUGCUGUCCGAACCGCACUCCUUCUGCUGCCUUCCGAUUUUACCGAGGCCGACCUAUAUAGCACCAUUGCUGGCCUCAGCUACCUCGGCGACCCACGAAUGGCUCUCCCUACCGAGAACAAGAGCAAGGUAGCCAAUAUUGUCUCCAACAACAUGGUGCAUUUCCGUCGGCUCUAUGCUCCAUUAGUUAGGACACUUCCCAACGUAGCAUUCGUGGAUCCCGUUCGACUUGAUGACGAAAGCUGGAUUCUGAAUCCCGAAGCCAAUGCCAGAAUGCAGCAGGAUAUGGACUUGGUGAAACGAGGUAACAUGGUCAGGCGUUUACCGGGAAGUUUCAGGUCUCGUCUCUAUUUUCAAUACCGCAAGAAGUUUGGCGUUCCCCGAGACGAAUUCGAUGCUAUGAUGGAGGCAGCUUCUGACUCGGACGGAGCGGUAAAGCGCCGUCAAGCGGGAGAGUUUGAGAAGCGGAUUGCCGCGGAUGACCCCGAACAGUUGAAGAAGAUAACUCGCCAGGUCAUCAAGCAGACAGUCAACUGGCCUAGCACAGCUCAAAGCAUCAAGGGCUUGAUCAUGGGUGGCUUUAGCAGAUCAUGGCGAUACUUGGGCGAAAAGGUGUCCAAGUGGAAGAAGGGCAGGUCCGAGAAGAAGUCUGAAAGCAAAGAGGCUAAAAAGUCGCAGAAAAAGGAAGAGUAA